UCCAACACACUUGGUUGAAUUUGCUGCCAAAUUCAUUUUACUAUAAAUGUUUAUGGCUACUGGACCGUAGUAACUGGUUAUGGGGACAGAAUCCAGAUUGGCAGCUGACCUUCAAACAUCGUCUGCAAUAUUCAUCCUUCACCCAAGUAAAUAUGACAGAUUCCCAAAGGUUCAUGUCUGAAUUUUCAUGGACUAAUGAGAGGUGGGGAGGCAAAGACAAGCAUGUGGCUUAAAAUGACUGAAACUGACAACAUUCUACAUGAAAGAGAGAUCAGCAUUAUAAGGUUAAUCCAAAUGACAUAAAAGAUCCCAGCAAAAGAACAGUUCUUCUUGGUUAAUGGUUCUCUUACUUUGAUACUUUUUACCAUGACAUUCAGAUCACACCUAAGACUCAUUAAACCUGGUCCACUGAUUACAUGUAACUGCCAGCUUCACCCCCAUCUGACAUGUUUUACCGAUCGUACUGUGAUCCCUACUGUAGAGAAUGUCAGUGUGUGGGAGGAGCUUCUGAGACUGAAACAAUCCCAGCAUCUGGGAGGGAUUUCAUGAGGAAUGAAACAUAUGUAGGAAACACAAAGACUUCCUGAUAGGCCGGAUCUCGCAUUAGUUACAGAUCAACGAGAAUGAGUCUUUCAGCAGAGGAAGGAUAUGAAUACAAUGAAGAACUUCGAAUUGUCCUGUUGGGUAAAACUGGAGUAGGAAAGAGUGCUGUGGGAAACACUAUACUGGGGAGGAAAGAGUUACUCUCUUGUCCCAGCUCCACCUCUGUUACCACAGACACUGUAAAGAAAUGGACAAUGGAAGACAACAAACUGGUAGCUGUGGUGGACACCCCAGGUCUGUUUGACACGGAGAAGCCCAAUGAGCAGAUACAGGAGGAGAUAAUGAAAUGUAUUAAGUUCUCCUGUCCAGGGCCACAUGCUUUCCUGGUGGUGAUGCAGCUGACAAGAUUCACAGAUGAGGAGCAAAGGUGUGUAGAGGCUCUACAGGAGAUCUUUGGUGAAGAAGCAAACAAAUUCAUGGUUGUCCUCUUUACUCGUGGAGAUGAUCUUGAAGGCCAAACCAUUCAGAACUUUGUCAACAAUGCCCACCCCACUCUGAAGGAGGUGAUCAGAAAGUGUGGAGGCAGGUACCACAUCUUCAACAACAGGGACAUGUCCAACAGGGCCCAAGUGAAGGAGCUGUUGGACAUUAUUGAUGGCAUGAUGGCCCUGAAUGGGGGAGGCUUCUACACGCAGGAGAUGUAUGAGGAGGCAGAGGCCAAGAUCAGGGAGAAGAUGGCAGAGAUUAAGAGGAAGGAGUCUUUUAGUAAAACCAAGAAUUUCUGGCGGGGUAAGGAUAAGGAAGAGAAACUUUGCAGAGAGCUGGCAGAAAAGAGUGAUCUCAACUGUGACUUUACAGAGAAGCUAAAGCAGAAAGUUAACAGUGCAUACAAAGUUGUAAAAAAUGUAAGUGUUCGCACAAAUAAAGGUGCAUCUUCCCAUUUGCACAGAUGAGACUGACAGUGUCUUUAAAGGGUCCUUUCAAUCUUGUAUGAAAAACCUAAGCCUUAAUACUAUUCUAUGUUUGUUAAAGAAUAAUAAUCAGUUCAUGUAUAAUCAUUUAAGACACCCUAAAAUGUACAGUUUAAUUGUCGGACUACAUAUUCUGUAUGUCAGAGCGUGAUUGGUCCUCCUGCACAGGGUAGUGGGGCCUGCAGUCUAUCCCAGUCAGCUAAGGGCACAAAGCAGGGUAGCAUGUGAUUUGCAUUCAAUAUGAAGGCUGUUAUUUCAUUCAUUUACUUUGAUCUUUAUGCUGUAUUACCUUUAAUAAACAUUAUAAAGGCG